AUGUAUGGGCAGGACUGCUCCAAGCAAUGCACCUGUAUAAUGGAGAAUACGGAAUCAUGUGCUCCUGACACCGGUUAUUGUCGAUGCAAACCUGGUUUCGCUGGGGAUUCAUGUGAACGUAUUUGCUCUAAGCUGUUCUGGGGUCGAGACUGUGCGAACAAAUGCGAGUGCGACUAUAACGUGACGUCAGAGUGCGAGCCAACAAGCGGUAGAUGUGUUUGUUUACCGGGUCGAACCGGAGCAAAAUGUGCCGAUGACUGUCCUGAUGGCCAUUUUGGACUGGACUGUGCCUUCAAGUGUCAGUGUGGAGAGAAUGGUGUAUGUGACAAAAGAGAUGGUUCAUGCAAAUGUCGUAAUGGCUUUCACGGUGCUCUCUGCACGAUAUCAUGUCCAGCUGGUCACUUUGGUGAGUCCUGUGCUCCCUGUCAGUGUAGGAAUGGCGCUGGAUGUGAUCCAGUCACUGGCGAUUGCUUCUGUGCUACAGGAUGGACCGGACCCAAAUGUGACACACCUUGCGCUGCUGGCACCUAUGGACCACAUUGUUCCAUCGCAUGUCGUUGCAAAAACGGUGGCGAAUGCGACCGAUUCACUGGCGAAUGCCGCUGCCCUCGCGGGUUCAAAGGCGAGGACUGUUCUACACAGUGCGAGAACGGUUUUUAUGGAGAUGAGUGUGACAAGAAAUGCGAUUGCAAUGGUGGAAGUUGCCAACAGAAGACUGGAAAAUGCGUCUGUGGACCUGGAAAGGAAGGCGACACCUGCUCGUCAGAAUGUAAGCCUGGACACUUUGGCUUUGGAUGCGGUGAGACAUGCAGCAAUUGCACGCUGGAUGGUGUUCCAUCAGCAUGUGACAGUAAGACUGGAGCAUGCCUGAAGUGUCCGAUUGGGAGAUCUGGAGCGAACUGUCAGCACAGCUGCGAAGAUGGCACAUGGGGUGAGAACUGCGCUAACAAGUGCACGUGCGCGGACGGUCAUAAAUGCGAUCCCGUAACCGGCAAAUGUAGUUGUGACCAUGGAUACACAGGAGAGAACUGCGAACAAAAAUGCCCUGAAGGAACGUGGGGAGUGGAAUGUGCGAACAAAUGUCCGGCUUGCGUCAAUGGGGCCAAAUGUAACCAUGUGGAUGGUACCUGUUCCUGUCCGGCCGGAUAUGAAGGACGUCUUUGUAACAGAUGUGACUUGCUUGAGACGAAUCCGAAAUGCUCUGGAAGGUGUACCGGAUGUGUGGCCGGCAGUUCAAUCAAGUAG